AUGGCUGCUUUGGUCCAAACACUACCUGUACAAACAACCACUGUCACCAUGAUCGGCCGUCCAACUUCGUCAGGGGGCUAUUCCCCUCAGGCCUCGCAGCCACAGUCGAGAAAUUUCCAAGCCAACCGAUAUAAUAAUGUUUCAAGCACUGGGUAUCGAGGGCUACCGGCCACCGGGCCAGUGGCACCCUAUGCGUUUACUUCAACUCCUCAACUGGCUGCGAAGUACCGCACCACCCCUGGCAGCGCGGGAAGAUCGACUUCGGCUCCCAAAGUCCCUCAGGCUUCUCAAUCCUCUUCCCAACCAACUUCGCCAACCGCCCUUCCCCAGAUCGAUGUUGGGAGCCGAUUGUCAAUAGGCCUUCCUGUCAUAUCAACCACUGGUUCGUUCAUGGGCCCAACUCCAUCUCCUGUGACAGUAGCGAAGCCGUCUCCAGAUCGAUAUCGUAGGAACGGCGGCAAACGAGUUGAGGGAGAGAGUGGUCCAAAUCGUGUUGCUGUCGGCUCUGCCUUCCCCUCUGGCUCAGGCAUGGCUGCUGUGGGCUCGUUGUACAGUCACCCGUCUCAAUCUAGCAGUACCCCAUCAUUGAGUUCUCAGACUUCAUAUCGAGGUUCUGCGUACGGCCCCUCCGGGAGCAAAAACUCAAGUGCGGACGAUUUGCAUGUGGGAAGAAUCCAAUCACCAGAUCUGGCAGCAAGAUACCGACGGCGCAGCCUGGGUAAUAUUGAGACUGCUGGCUUGAUUCACUCGACCGAUUCUCAAGACACAUCUUCUCCCCACCCCAAUGCCUUUCUGCCCCAUCAGCAGGCACAGCAAACGCAGCCCACCUAUGCCCAGGCUCAACGGCCGACUCAUUCACACACAGCAAGCUCAGAUAGCAGGACCUCAUCAAGGUCAGGACGUUCUUCACGACCGGGAUCAGCUCGAGCGGACCAACCAAUUGUUAGCCCCCUACCUUCCAAUGUAGGCUCGGCAACUGGUUUAAGGCAGGAAACCCGACUUGCCGCCCAUUCCCACACACGAGAUUCCAGCAUUCGACAACCCUCCCCAUUGUCUCGCCCGGUUGACCUCAAUUCAGAACACAUGGAUAGAAAUCAACAAACACCUGCACCUGCAGUAUCCUCCUCUGGUCAUCUUCAGCCGCCUCCCUCGAGCUCUGCUGCAGAGCAGCUUGCCGCCUUGAGUCAAAAAGAUGCCAAGAAAUCCAAAUCGAAACUGCGCAGAGCAUUUUCUUUUGGGAGUGCCGCGGAACUACGAAAAGCCACUGCACAAAACAACCAUGAAAAGAGUUUAGCAAGCAAAACGCCAAUAUCGGCAAAGAGAAGUUCCAAAUAUGAGGAUGAGUUGGAACCAGAACAAGCCCGAAUCGCUGAAAAGCAAGAGGCUGCUGGCUUGGGUGAGAGCAUAUACUCCGGCCAAGGACAAUUCUUCACUGGUUCUACCGAUAACUUGUCAAUCUCGUCUACCGCCUCAUCGGCGUCUAUCAUGCUCCGUAAAAUGGGCAAGGGCGUCAAGAAGGGCACACGCUCGCUUGUUGGCCUCUUUCGUCCGAAAUCGAUGAUUGGUGUCCCUGGUGCCGACGGGCCAGUCAACGAGGCGCCUGCUGCUCAAGUCUCCAUGGUGACGGUGGAGGCCGAGCGUGAAAAGGUCAAUGUGAACGUGAACCCCCAUGAUCAGGUUGGAGGUGGGACUGGCUUUCCCAAGCUCGACCGCAAUUCAGUGGACGCAAAAUUGUCUUUCGACAGUGGUACAGUCUCAAGUGAUACGAGGUCUCGUCGCAGCAUUGUUGGUGGGGAGAGAGAGCGCGCUGAAGUCUUGGCCGCUGUAAAGAAGGGUAUUCUCAAGCGCAAUGAUUCGAACCAGGCGUCACCCAAGAUCAGGGCGUCCGACAACAAAUCUCCAGAUUUCAAUCUUCCACAAAUCCCUCACGUGAACGAUUCACCCAAGUCCAGCGCACCAAGCACCCCGGCUGAUGACCCACCACGUUCGGGUCAUCGACGAACCGAUUCCAUUACCAUUGAGAACAACGACCAUGACGAUUAUUUCACUUCCAUGGCUAGACUCGGAAGUCUUGACUCGAAAACCCCCGCCAUGACACCGGCAAGUCUAUUGAGAAACAUCUCGUUCAGUCCACGAAUUCAGUUCCAUGACACUUGGCCAAGUGCUGAGUAUGAUCGCCGUGGAGAUAUUGCGACCUGCAACCGUCUGACUCCAAUGUUGGCACAGCAGAUUAAAGAGGAGCUGAACACCUUCAAAAUGGAGAUGGAGGUGCACGAGACAUCCAAAGUCUACACACAUUUCUUCUAG